AUGCAAGAAGUUGAAGAAAUAUUAUUUGGAUCAUUGCAUAAUUGUGGUGUUGUGAUUCCAAAAGGAAUUAAUACACUAAAAGGAAUAAUUAGUGGUGGUGGAGUAUUUUAUAAUUUAACAACACAAAUACUUAAAUUAAUUGACCAACAAAAAUAUGGAAUAUUCACUGAUUCAAUUCCUAAACAAACUUCAGAAAAAGUACGUGUUUGUGCAAAGCAAGCAUCGAUUAUUAAAGAGAUGGGAUUUAGUGAGUCUAUUGGUUAUCAUCAAAUAUUAUAUCCAAAAACAACAGACGUUACAAAUAUUUUAAAUUUUUUAAUGAAAUAUAUUCCUGACGAUCUAUCUACAAACAAGUCAAUCAGAAACUCUAUUAGCAAAACUUUGUAUGAUAUUGUUCAUAACACAAAUGGUGAAAAAAAGAGAAGAAUCCUUCCCCCAACACCAAUAAGACAAAAAGAUAUUAAUCAAAGAAAAAGAGUUAGUUCAAUCCUCCAAAAAAUCUCACAAAAGAAAGUAGAAGAGCAAAAUGAUAUUAUAGCAGAAAUGAAAAUUAAUGCAAAGAUUCAAGUAAGAAAAGAAAUUAUUAAAAAAGAAGAUAGUGAUGAAGAAAAAGAAGAUAGUGAUGAUGUUAUGGUUGCUGUUGAAUUAAAAGAAAGUAAAAAUGAAAAGAAGAUUCGAUUAGAGAGUGAAUUAGAUGACAUAGUUAAAGAAAGACAAGAAGUUGAAGAAACACUACAAAAAAUCAAAACAAGAAUUGAAAAAGUAGAGGACUAUAUCAGUGAAGGCAAAAAUGAAUUAAAAGAAAUGAUAAAAGAAAAAGAAGAGUUAAAGAGAAAACAAAGGUCACUUGAGAGACAAAAAGUCAUAAGAGAAAAAGUUAAAGACAUUGAUGCAAAUGAUAAAGAUGAGUACAUAGAAAAAUUAGAAGAACUUAAACAAAGUGAAAUGAGUAAGUUAGAAGGUCUUAAACAAAAAUGGACUCUUUAUGAAGAUGAAAUGAAGAAAGAAGUCCAAGAAAAUGAAAAGAAAAAUGACUUAAUUAUUGAAGAAACAAAACAAAAAGCAAAGGAAGUUAAACAAAUAAGACAAAAAGGAAAAGCUAUUAUUCUUGAAAUCCAAAGUCUAGAUGAGGAUAUUAAAGAAAAAGAAGAAAUCAAUACAAAGCUUGAUAAAAGAAUGCAAAGACAAACGUAUAUUGAUAGAACUAUUUGUAUGACUAAAUUUUUAAAGAAACAAGAUAAAGAACUUGAAAAAAUAUUCAACAACACAAAUACUAUAAAAUCUGAUUUAACUCAAUUGAAAAUCAAAACCUCUGAGAAUUAUAUCAGUCUCAUUAGACUAAUUAGAGAAAAUACAAAAUAUAAAGAAGAAACAAAACAUUCGUUAAUCACUCAAAUAACUAAAAUGAACGAUUUGUUUAAUUCAUUAGUUUUAUUAGAAACUCAACGAGGAGAACUUAACUCAACCACACUUCUCAAUCAAGAAAAAUUUGAAAAAACACAAAGUAGAGUAGAAGAAUUAGGAUAUGCUGAUGUUAAGAAAGAUUUUGAUGAAUUACAUAAAUUAAAUCUUGAAAUGAUAAAUAAAAUAAAUGAAUUCAAUCAAAAACAAGAGGCCUAA